CGGGCAGAAGAAAGAGAAACAUCCACCGCCUGGAAGAUUCGAAUCGAACGUUGAGACUCGUAGAGAACGCUCGCGCGGCCAAUCAGCGGGCUCCGAACGCGAAGAGUCGAACGUUGAGACACCUCCGGCUUCCUCCCCUGCCCACAUGCUCCUCCCCCGGCUGCUGUUGUUUGUGGCGUGUUAGGCUGGCGAGGGGUGGAGGGGGGGAGGAUAUCAACACCGCGUUGUCGGUGCGGCUUGAAGAAAGAGGCAAGGCCCAGACGGCCGACUUGGCUUUCACCUAUCGGGGGGAGGGGGGGGCGCGAGCCGGACGCUUCUGAUCCCGGGGCCGGCGGUGGAAGAGGAGAAGGAGCCCUUGGUGGAUUCCCCCCCACCUCCCCCCCCAACCACGCACCGCCUCCGGCGACGAGCGCGCCCGGCUCGCCGCCUCCCUUGUUGUGGUUUCGUUUCCCUCGCCAUGUCGGUGAAUAUGGAGGAGCUCCGGCACCAGGUCAUGAUCAACCAGUUCGUGCUGGCGGCGGGCUGCGCGGCGGAUCAAGCGAAGCAGCUGCUGCAGGCGGCCCACUGGCAGUUCGAGACUGCUUUGAGUGCUUUUUUUCAAGAAACCAACAUUCCCAGCAGCCACCACCAUCAUCAAAUGAUGUGCACACCCAGCAAUACCCCAGCUACACCUCCUAACUUUCCGGAUGCUCUUGCUAUGUUUUCCAAGCUUCGGACUUCCGAGAAUCUCCAGAGUAGCAACAGCCCCAUCACAUCCAUGGCCUGUUCUCCUCCGGGUAGCUUCAGUCCCUUCUGGGCUUCUUCGCCUCCCAACCAUCAACCAGCCUGGAUACCUCCUUCAUCACCCACUAGUCACAACCUCCACCAUCACCUCCACCAUCAGCAGCCCAUGUGGCCUCCUGUGUCUCAGCAGGGUGCCCCCCAGCAGAAAGCGAUGGCGGCAAUGGAUGGCCAGAGAUAAGACUUAACAUUUUAGAAUGGGGGAGAAGUUAGGGGGAAUGCUGAUAUUGCAGAUCCAGGGAGGGCACUGGGGAAGGGGCGGGGCGGGUAUUUUUUUCCUGAAGAUCGCACUGGAAUAUUUUAUAGUUGUGAGGAUUUUUCCAUUUUUGUUUUUUUGUUUUUUUAAACUGUGGGGAUGUCGUCCCACAUUCCCUGUGGUCCUCUCUUCCUCUCCUCCCCCACCUCCUUCAGGAGAGUUAAUAACUGAUCUUUUCUCUCUCUUUUUUUUUUAAAAGAAAAAAAAAUUAUAUAACUAUAAUAUAUAAAUAUAUAAAUAUAUCUAAUGUAUAUACAUCACAAAUGAAAGCAACGGAAUUGCAAAGAUCCAGGUGGGAUUCCGAGAACACUGCUUGGAAGAAAAUGGCUCUAUUGGAUUUGGUCAGGGUGGUUUGUGUGUGGAGGGGGCAGGGCUCAAGCCGAUUCCCACCCCCACCCCCCACCUCCAGCCACUGCCUUUGUUGCCCUCCUUUUUUUCUUUUUUCUUUUUUUUUUUUUUAACUUUGGCUCCCAAUUUUGGGGAGAUUGCCUGUAGCAACUGAAAUCAUUGAGGGAUCUUUGAAAGCCUCUUGCUGAAGGAAACCACACGCCUCAGAUUGUGGCUGCCUCUGCAAUAUAUAUAAAGGCCAGGAGUAAUGUGGGGAGAAAUGCCUGGUGAAGCAGAGGUACUUCAAAGAACUUGCUGAGCAGCGGCAAAACUUGCUGAAGGACCCCCAGCUCCCACCCUGCAUCCUGACUGGCAACAGAUCGGUUCCGUGAGGGUCAUGUGUGGGUCCAUAGAGCUUUCCUGUAGCUUACAAAAGGAGCCUGACAAAGAAAUAGUGAAAUACGGUAGAAAUGUCUCUGCGGUUAGGCAUAUUGUUGGGACUCUCGUCUUUAAGCAGCAUGUGGAGUUCUGGACAUCAUGAUGUACGUGCAAGGGAGUGCGAGCUCACAGCCCUACCCCCUUGAAGGAUUGUGAGGGGGUUGUCAUUGCAGACGUGCACUCUGAAUAAAUUAUUUUGACACCAAGCUCCUGCCUCUGCAUGGGCAGAUCAAUAACAGGAAUGUGAGACGGGGUUGUUUUGGGUGCUCUUUCGUUGGGUUUAAACCCUCUUCCCAGUUCUGGCCUGUUGGAACUUUUUUGAUGGCUGCAGCAGAUGUGCCUCAAAUAGCCUAAAUUAGCUACAUUUUGUACUUUACCGUGGAAUUACGUCUCUUCCUCCUCCUCUCUUCCUUGCCCUCCUUUUUGUUUAUGGGAAUGUCCCCCCGCCCCUUCAACUCAAGUUGUUUCCCUUUAAAAAGGACGAUGUUUAAGCAAUUGGGGAGGCUGAGCAGGAAGACGUCAUUGUAACUUCAGAACGAUACAUCAGUGCACAUCAACCUCCCCAGAAGAUAGAUCUUUCGGAGGAGGGCUCCCUGUGCUCCCUUACAUCCAAUGGAGGAGCUGUGGCUUUUUAAAAAAAAGUUUUAAAAUCAGAAUCUUGCUUAAACAGGUUGAAGGUUUUUUUUAUUAAUUUAAAAAUUAAAAAAAAAAUCACUUUUUUAAAAA